AGCCUCACACAUUCUCCGGGUACAGCCUGCCAAAAUGUCAACACAUGAAGUAGAAUGGCCGAAGGCUACAUCCUUUUUUGGUAUGGUGCUUUUCCUUUUCACUGUAGGAGCUGCUAGUGUUGAAGAAAUUUCAAGACAUUUUCACUCCCGUUAACGAUCAACGAUAUGUCGAAGUCCGUGAAGAAAAUAGUGGAUGAGACUCGGGACAAGAACCUUUCAGAUGUUGAAAUGUGUGACAGAGGCAUUUCGAAUUUGUUGGAUAUACCCGGAUUGUUCACUUUGUCCAACAUAACUCAAUUGGUUCUGAGUCACAACAAGCUCACAGCGGUGCCUCCCAACAUCUCUGAGCUCAAAAAUCUGGAGGUUCUUAAUAUGUUCAACAACCAAAUUGAAGAGCUACCAACUCAAAUUAGCAGUCUUCAGAAGUUGAAACACCUUAACCUUGGAAUGAAUCGCCUUUACAACUUACCCAGAGGCUUUGGUUCUUUGCCAGCGCUUGAAGUUUUGGACCUCACCUACAAUAACCUGAGCCAAAAUUCCUUGCCUGGAAACUUCUUCUAUCUCACAACUCUUCGUGCUCUAUAUCUGAGUGAUAAUGACUUUGAAGUCCUGCCAGCUGACAUUGGGAAGAUGACCAAGCUGCAAAUAUUGAGCCUACGGGACAACGAUCUGAUCUCUCUACCGAAGGAUAUUGGGGAACUCCUUCAACUCAAGGAGCUUCACAUCCAGGGCAAUAGACUGACCGUACUACCUCCGGAACUCGGUAAUCUUGAUCUGACUGGUCCAAAGCAGGUCUUCAAGGCUGAAAACAAUCCCUGGGUCACUCCCAUUUCUGACCAGUUUCAACUAGGAGUCUCACACGUUUUUGAAUAUGUUCGCUCUGAGACCUACAAAUAUCUCUAUGGCAGACACAUGCAGGCCAACCCGGAACCUCCAAAGAAGAGCAACGACAAGAGUAAGAAGAUCAGCCGAAAACCGCUUGCAGCCAAAAACAGAUAAAAACUAAAAAUGAAUGUUAACGUUGUGUUAAAGGGGCCAUGUGUAAGAUUUGCACUCAGAUUAUUCAUUAAAUGGCUCAAAUAUUUUAAUACACAUUUAAAAAAACAAGUUUUUAGCGAAUAUUCCUAACACUGUCGUCAAUGCUAAAGCCUAGAUUUACCCAUUUUAAAAGUUAAUUAUCAGCCCGUAUGAGUUAUUGUUUUGAUUCUGUGUGCAUGAUGGAUGUCCCGCCCUCCACUAACCAGCCAAUUAAGCGAUCUCUUCUGCCUCUGCAUCCCGGUUGAUAGAGCUCAGUAAUCUAUAGUCUGCCUAAACCCAUGUUUGCUAAAAUCUCUGAGUCAGCGAUGUUGUCGACCACUUGAGCAAAAAGUGCUAAUCAUAAUAAUAAACUUGCUAUGAAUCUCAAAGAUCAUGACAAAAUCAGUAAUAAGACGAGGAUAUACUUUGGAGAUGACUUUGAUCAAUUGAGACAUUUGAAAACAAAAAACUGACCAAAGUUGAAUGAUUUCUCCACAACAAGGGAUGUACUUUUAAAUUUUCCUUGUGCAGUGGUACCUCAAGAUACCAAAUUAAUUCAUUGUGGAGUGAUUUUCAGCUCUUGAUUUUUUUUGGUAAAUCGCCAAAUUCGUUCAAAUUUGCAAUCCUAUCCUUUGAUUGUUUUGUUGCCCCCUAGUGGGGCCGAAGUGUAACUCGAUUAAAUUUCAACUCAUACUACAGACGUUAUCACGUUACUACUCGAGCUCAUAGCAAACAGAGAGUGCUAAAGACAAGCUAACUUAGUUAGCCAUCGCUUGCUAUUUCAUCUCCCUUUUUGUGCCUUGAUAAAGCAUCGCUUGUAACUUAUAUCCAUUGUUUCAUAUACAGUGGUAUGAAAAAGUAUCUGAACCUUUUGAAAUUUCUCACAUCUGCACAAAUGUGAUCUGAUCUUUGUCAAAAUCACACAGAUUUAAAAUACAGUGUCUGCUUUAGCUAAAACCACCCAAGGUUAGGUUUUCAUAUUUUAAUGAGAAUAGCAUGCAAACAAUGACAGAAGGGGGGGAAAAUAAGUAAGUGAACCCUAUGACUAAGGAGACUUAAAGAGCAAUUGAAACCAAUUUUUACCAAACAUUUUAAGUCAGGUGUGUGCCCAAUCACUGACGAGUGGUUUAAAGCUGCCUUGCCCACACACCGUUACACACAUGGUAAGAAAUAACUUGAUGAGAAGCGUUGUCUAAUGUGCAUCAUAGCUCGGUCAAAAGAGCUGUCUGGAGACCUGCGAUCAAGGAUUGUUGAUUUGUAUAAAGCUGAUAGGAAACAAUACAUCUCUAAAAGCCUGGAUGUUCAUCAAUCGACAGUCAGAAAAGUUGUCUUCAAAUGGAGAGAGUUUGGCAAUGUUGGUUCUCUCCCAAGUUGUGGCCAGCCACCAAAGAUGAUGCCAAGAGUUCAGCACAGAAUACUGAGAGAGGUUAAAAAAAAGAACCCUAGAGUGCCUGCUAAAAACUUACAGAAAUCACCAGCACAGUCCAAUAUCUGUGCACACAUCAACUAUAUGUAAAACAAUGGUCAAGAACGGUGUUCAUGGGAGGACUCCACGAGGAAGCCAAUGCUGUCUAAAAAAAGCAUUGUUGCUCAUUUAAUGUUUGUGAAAAGGCACUUGGACACCCCACAGGCGUUUUGGUAAAAUAUUUUGUGGACAGCUGAAACCAAACUUGAAUUGUUUGGGAGUAACACACAACGUCAUGUGUGGAGGAGAUAUUGAACAGCUCAACAACAUCAAAACCCCAUCCCCACUGUGAAGCAUGGUGGAGGGAGCAUUGUGAUUUGGGGCUGUUUAGCUGCCUUAGGGCCUGACAACUUGCAAACCUUAAUUGAAGAAUGAAUUCAAAAUUUAUCAGGAUGUUUUGCAGGAAAACCUGAGGCCGUCUAUCAGACAAUUGAAGCUAAAAAGAGGAUGGAUGCUGCUACAAAACAAUGAUCCAAAACACAGAAGUAAAUUAACUUCAGUUUGAGAAGAACAAAAUACACGAACUGGAGUGGCCAAGUCAACGUCCAGACUUGAACCCCAUUGAAAUGCUGUGGCAUGACCUAAAGACAGCAAUUCAUGCCAGACAUCCCUGGAAUCUGACUAAACUGUAGCAGUUUUGUAGGGAAGAAUGGGCCAAGAUUAGUCUUGAUUGAUGUGCCAGACUGAUAUGCAGCUACAGGAAGUGUCUGGUUAAAGUUAUUGCUGCCAAAGGGGGGGGGGGGGCACAAAAUAUUUAAUGUGAUGGUUCACUUAUUUUUCCCCCUUCUGUCAUUGUUUGCUUACUAUCCUCAUUAAAAUAUGAAAACGUAGAAAUGUAUGAGUGGUUUUAGUUAAAGCAGGCACUGUUUUUUCAUCUGUGUGAUUUUGACAAAGAUCAGAUCACAUUUGAUGGCGAUUUUAUGCAGAAAUGUUAGAAAUUCCAAAAGGUUCAGAUACUUUUUCAUACCACAGUACAUGAGCAUUGUAUGGCACAUUGUGGUGUAUAUAUUUUCUUUGUUUACAUUUAUAGUCCAUCGUAGUAACAUUAUUGCAUUACGGCAAGCAGGAAUUAUCGAUCAGAGUGCAGUGGUACCUCUAGUUACAAAUUUAAUUCGUUCCAGGACCUGGUUUGCAUGUCGAAAUGUUUGUAUAUCGAGUGGGAUUUUCCCAUAAGAUUACAUAAUAACUCGAUUAAUUCCUUCCAAAGUCCAAAACCUACGCCGAAUCCUUCAUAAAUACUGCAGGUACAAAUAAAAAAUUCACAUAACAAAACAAAUACAUUAUAAAUCGGAAUUAUGAUAAUAAUUACAAUGCUGUAAUGAAUCGCUACUAAUGUGGCGGUUGUGUUUUGCAUGCUGUUCGCGGCAGAAUUUUUACUUUUUAUGUUCUGUUGUUGGUGUCGGCUACAGCCAACAGUAGCUGCGUUGUGUUGGACAAAGUCUGAAAUAAAUUGCCGAUGUUACAAAAAUAAUGAGGGUUGUGCUCGAGAUCGUAGAUAUAUUGUUUUUCGGCUGCAUUGUCGAUCUAGUUCACUGACGUGCACACCACGCUCAUAUUUUUUUUCAAUCAUUUCCUUCUUAAUUUCAAUGGUAAGUGUCACCUUUUUUCACCACAUGCACUUAACUUGAGACCCAUGUUGAUUUCUCUCACAAGAAACUCUGCCCUGCGUCCUUCUUGCGGGAAAACAACGAAAAUGCGACGCGGUCAUAAUUCGACGUAUUUCAAGGAUGUCGUCAUAUGUCGAGACAAAUGACGAGUCAAAUUUUGCGUCCGAUAUCGAAAGGAUCGUAUGUCAAUGCGAUCGUAUGUCGACGUACUGCUGUACGUAUUUUGUAUGAUGACUAAUUUGUCGUAAUAUGAAGUGAAAAAACUUUUCGUGAAAUUAAUUUUUCUUUCGGAUCUCGAGGUACCACUUUAUUUCUUGUAUGGUCAACUGAAACAUUUAGAAGAUGAAAAAAGAUGGCAUGCGAGUGCUUUAUACAUUGACUGGGGUAAAGAUGACGUCUUCACCCAUGUACCUAUGUUGGUAGGGAAUUAAAAUGUGUUUAGGAAUAAAAUCAUCUUUGUGGAUGCUGUCAAUAUAUUACCAAAUGAGAUAUUUCUUUGCCUGUGUGCUUAUCUGUUGACAAAGGUUGUUCCAACAAUAAACCUCCCAGCUGUCAUAGCGAUAGAAAUUAACCUUGAACUUAACUCUAAAUUAACCUCUUAUAUCUUUGUGUUAACCUACCAGCUGAAAUGAUUUUUUUAAUUCAUGCAGCAACAUAACUCCAGUCCAAUUUAUAGCCUUUAAUUUUUGGUAUGCUAUACACGUAGGUUGUAGAUGGCACGUGUUGUAGGUUCUGCAGAGAGGUAGAGUAGCCAAAAUAUUUUACUCAAGUAAGAGGAACAUUCCUUCAAAAUAAUGUUACUUAAGUAAAAAUUUACUCAAGUACAAGUAAGGUAUUUGAUGAAAAGAAUAUUAAUAGUAAUUUGCUUACAAUGUCUGAUAUGUUUUUAUACAAUGCUAUAUUUCUUUGUCAGCACAACAGCUAUAUGAAGUGUUAUUAUUAUACUGUACUAUAACUUAUUACAUGACCAUAUAUUGCCCAAAAAAUGAAUUCCUAAUAGAAAAUCGACAUGAAUGAAACAUUAGCCAACCAAAAAGCAUGAGUGCCUUAAAGUAGAGAAAACGUAUUUCCUACCAUGAAAUGAAAAUGAUCUAUUAUUUCCAAAUAUAAACUGGGAGAGAGGUAAAUAUCUGUGCUCUCGAGUCAAGUUGUUGGUAUAGCUCUCUAUGGAAUAGUUUUAUUAUUUUUUUAACGAUGCUUUAAAGACGUCAAGUGAUUGAACAGGCCUGCGUGAUCAUAGGACUUCUGACGGCAUGGAAGUCCAUGCUUUUGAGUCAUGUGGACGACAGCACUCUGUCAGUUUUUUUUUUUGUUUUGUUUAUACAGUGCUAUAAAGACGCCAUGCUGGUGUGAUCAUCGGACAAAAAUAAAGUCUAAUAUUAAUAUUAACUAGAAACUGCAAUUUCGGGAGAAAUUACACACCUUGGUCUUUCCUCUGUGGAGAUACAAAUCUUAGCCCCACUCAGGUCUAUCAAUAGAAUGGACCAUAAUGCCAGUCAUUGGCACUAAACAAAGUUAAAGCCAUUAGAAAAGAUUGGGAGAAUUGGACGUCCAUGUCCGUCAAUGGCAGCACCCUCCAUAAUUGUUAAUGGAAUCGGGGAAGUUUGGGGGACACGUCCUAUUGAUAUGUAGUCAUUUUCUGUUGAUUUGGGAAAAA